ACAGACAUCUUCAUUUGGAAUUACGCAAAAUAUCUCGCGAGAUAGACAUAUUACUUGGAACACACAUGUCUUUUAAAAUAGCAUGCUACUUUGGUUGGAUAGCAAUUGACUUGCGCAUAAUUUUUUCCACAAUGCUUAUCAACAAUUAUAUGAAAACUAAUAAGUAUAUUUGUGCUGUCCUACAUUUCGUCUGGUUGGCUCAUAACGUUUUGAAAUCUCUGCUCAUUAAUUACAUGUGCGAAACAGUCAGUACCAAGGCAAAUAAAACAGGAGAUUUAUUAAAUAGAUUAUUUUAUUUUGAUGUUGAAGUUUAUGAAAUCAUUUCUCAGUUUUCAUUGCAUAUAGUUUAUGCGCCGCUUAGAUUCUGUGGAAUUGGAUUUUUCCAAUUUGGCUUUCAAUUUCUUCACAGGGGACUGCUUAAAGAAGCUUACUAUUGUGGACAAUACAUUAGAAAAACUUGGAACAACAACAAAUUACCACAGACUGUAUAUGAAGACGGUAUGGCUCGUCUUGAGUUGGAUUAUAAUGGUGACAUUAUUAACUUAUAUAGAGGUUCUAUGGUUUCAAGAUGA